UACAUUACGUUUCAAUCACACUUCGGUCUGGGGUGUGUGAGUAUCGUAAGUUAAUAAUUUUUCGGUUCUUUGAUGAACCGUUAACGCAAUAAGUACUGUCGUGUCAGUGCAAUCGGUGUUAUGGUAAGAAUUCUAAGUACUUAGGUACAAAUAAUUAUCAUCUUUCCAGGCAAGAAUUGAAUUUGCUGAUUUGGUUCCGUGAUUUUAAAUUCAAUAUUGAGAAAUAUUCAGGUACCGAAGUCAAAAUGCUGAUUGAUAUACCCGUCGACGAAAUCUCUAAUUUUCUCCAUGUCUUAAAAAAAGAACUACCUUAUUCAUUGUUUGCGAUAAACUUCAUAGAAACCUGUAACAAAUGGAAGCAAAAAAACGACCAAUUACAAAUAAACUUGUUGUAUACCGAACGCAGUAUGGAAACUGGAGUGUUUAUUGGAAUCAUGAAAUCUGGUUGUCCCGGUGUGUUGGUUACUUUCUACGCAUUUGAUAAUUACGAAAAUGAUCUGGAAACAUCCUUAAAUGACGUUCCACUGCAUUGGAAAAAUGUGUCCGUUUUCGAAGGUGUUAUUGAAAAACACACACCCAUUGUUGAGAAGCUGAUAUCAGAUUAUUGCCGAGAAAUGAACUGUAUAUCAUUCAACAUAUUUUCGAUACCUAAAGAAGAAGCUUUAAAGCUCGAUAUAAUAUGCCCCGACGACGUAAAAUUGGCACCCCUAACCGAACAACAUGUGGAUGAAAUUUAUGAAGUAUGGAUUGGGAAAAAUGAGAUGAACGACGAUGCCUUGAGAAAUAGCAUACGUUAUAACGACGAAGCAGCAUACGGAAUAUUCUGCAAAACAUCGGGUAAACUGUUGAGUAGAUGUCUUAGAUACCAUUCUGGUUUCUUAGGAGCGUUACAAACAGUGGAAAAUGCUCAUAAUAGAGGUUAUGCUAAACUGUUGCUGAAAUAUAUUGUGAAGAAACUGGCUGAAAAGGAUAUCUUACCUUGUUGUUAUAUUACGGAUGAUAAUAUUGCUUCAUUACGUGUAUCCCGUUCGUGUGGAUUCAAGGAAGUGUGUAAAAUGAGAAACUAUCAUGUAACGCUUCAUACUUAAAUAAAAAGGGUUCAUCAAAUAAAAUUUUGUGACAAUGUAAAA